UUUAGAUAUCUUUUAAAUCAUUAUACAAUAUUACUAAUGAUCAGAAAACCAAGCCCUGAAUGGAUCGAAUACUGCACCACACUUUCAGACAUCACAAAGAAGUCUAAUAGAGAGAUCCUCUGUACUGAAUGCUGGAUGUAUCUGAAUUAUGAGCAAAAAACAAAGCAUAAGAACAAAUUUCCUCAUCAUAAGCAGAAAGUGCUAACUCCAACACAAUUUGCAAAUGGAGAUUUGUUCUAUCGUAUUGCUCUUACGAAUAAUAAAGUUAUUGAAAAAGAAGGAGGUAUCAAGCUUAUUAUCCUACCAAGUCUGUACGAUUCUAAUAUAAAAGACGGACACACCAAUUUGAUCGAGGAGGUUUGCAGAGAAGCACACAGUCCUCCUUCUGAUACACAAAAAGGUCACGUGACAGAAAACCCUUCACAAGUAAAUGAGAAAUUUUGCUCAUGCAAUCAAUUCUAUACUCGCAUCGAUGAAAUUGAUUCUUGCUGUUCUAUUCACAGAUGCAGAGCCCAAAAUCUGAGCGCAAGCCUAGACAUAAUGAUUAGUGAUAUCGACACCAGUUUACGCCAGUUCGAGAUCGAAAUAGCCAGCCAGUUUUCUUUGACUUCAAACAGUUAUGCGCCACUGUGUCUUUCAAUGUCUUGUACAUCUCAAGAGCAAUUUAUUGGAGACGUAGGAAUGGAACUCAAAGAGAACAGCGAGAAUUCAAAUCUCCAUCAUGUUCGUUCAACUGAGUAUGAUGGGAUUCACAGUGGCUCAAUGAUACAGAAUUGCUCUCCAACUAUAGGAAGCAAGAAAGCUGUGGUAGUACUACAAGACUCUGAUUCAUAUCCAUCCAGCAACAUGCAAGGACCUCUGAACACUUUACCUUCCUCUAGGCAUCAGACUUCCUCUGAGAAAUGCCAGAAGCUACCAAGACUGAACGAAGUUUGCUCUCUUCUGGGAGCCUUUUAA